CGACCUUCAUCACACUCAGGGGUUAGAAAAAAAAAACUUGAGUCUACAAAGAGUCAAAAGUAGUAACAACAUUAAGAAACUAGAAGCCCAACAGACAAGCAUGCCAAAUAGCAAACAUGUCAUGUUGAAGGAUUUCAGAGACCCCACCAUUGCCCCCAAAACCCUUCUCCCACGCCACCCAACCAUGAGCCAAAGAAACCACCCCAUGACCAUGAGUACAGAAAGCUAACGUGCAAUCUGCAACAACGUUGCUCACAGAGCAAAAGAUAGAGCUACUAUGUUGGGGGUGAUAGAAAAACUAGUCUCACGACGACAACUCUUCCUGAGAACAAAAGCCUAUAACCUCAACCAAUCUCUGAAAGCAAGAGACAUAGCAGCAGUUUCGUGCUCAUGGCUGACACUUCCCUCCAAAAUCAAGGUCCUUUCUCUAGCUGAUUCCUCUUCUUCUUCCUCCAUCUCCAAUCCUGCUUCUCUGAGUUUCUGCAGAAACAUUUCUCAUACUGUCUUCUCACAAAGUAGCAUGUCAUUGAGCUCGGUUGGCGUGGCAGCGUCAAAGGAGAAGGUAGAUUCUGUUGUGAAGAGAGGUCGCCAGGCCAAGAAUCGCCGCAAUAACAACAGAGCCCGCAAAUCAUUGAUAAAAACUCGCACCAAAAAGGCUUUGGAAGCUUUGGAAUCGCUUAAGAAUAAAAAAGAUGCACAACCAGAAGAAAUCCUUCCAAUUGAGAAACUAAUUAGAGAGGCUUACUCGGUAAUCGAUAAGGCAGUGAGAGUGGGCACAAUGCACAGGAACACGGGAGAACGUCGAAAGUCUAGGCUUGCCAGAAGUAAGAAGCUUGUGGAGAUCCACCAUGGCUGGUAUACCCCAGGUUCUGAAGGCAGUGUCUGAAGCAAUCCCCUUCACUAGUUCACAUGGAUUAAAAAUGAGUUGCAGGCAUAAGUCACUAGCAACUGUCUCUAACCGCUUAAUAGUUGCAACACUUUCUUGAGCUUGAGAAUUUGCUGGUUAAGAUUUCUAAUUUCUUCACCUAUAGCGCCAUAGCGAAUAAGGCAAGUUUUUCUCUGAGGAUAAUGCUAGUAGAGUAAAGAUAAUCAACAUAGUAAAUUUACAUGCUCUUACAAAUAUUGGCAUAUAAGUCAUUGGGUAAUAUAAUUGAACCCUAACUGUUCUUUUUCCAAGUAUUUUUUUUUACCUCAAUUUUGGCUCUCAGAACUGCUACACCUUCCAUUGAAAACCUCAAGCUAGCAGAGAAAAAUGGUCCUUAUGUUCUGUGAUUGGGCCUCCUUAGUAUCCACUGGCCUUUUCAAAACUGCUAACAUGUUUGACACUGUCAAGAUUGGUGUAUAAUUGUUUAUUAUUUACUUAUUAUUUACCUUAGUUUACAUAUUCAACCAAACAAAUUUUAAAGAACUGCUUGGUUGACAGUGUAACGUUUUUUUUUACAUAUUCCUUUCUUAAGCCAUCUAAAACAGCUGUAACAUGUGCAACUUCAGUCACAUGUGAUCAAGCAGCAACUAGAGCAUCAACAAUCUUCUUGAUUUGCAGAAGAUAUCCAGGUGUUGGGACAUCUUUCUAUGUUCUUUUCAACUGGUUUUUCAAUUUUCAAUCUUGGAAAUAAUUUGAGAAGCAGAGGAAGUUUCAAGACUGAACCACACUGGAUAAGAAAAAUUACAACCAACCAUUUGGUUUAACAAAGAACUCGACAUUGAUGCCAUGAAAGAAACAUGGAAUCUUACUUCUCCCAAAGUUCAUACUUUACUAUGCAAAUGUCUUCAAUCCCAUAUUCCUCAGAGGCAUAUUUCUCUAGAAUCCAUUCUUGCUUGAAGUGGCUUUGGAGCUUGAAUCCUUUCACAGCUGUAAGAACAUGAUGGUGCCAAAGUAAGAAAUUAUCCUUAUCGAUUUACUGAAACUAUGUUUGCACAACAUCAUGAAGUUUGUUCUAAUAUAUCUAAGGAAGAGGAAAUGGAGAACUUUUAAUGGACCAGAAAAUUCCGAGUUGAUGACUUAUAUACGAUUGAAUUACAUGUAACUCUAGCAAUAACUUCACAACUGAGUAAUAGAAUGCACAUGCGCAAUCUCAACUGCUCUAGCUGACUUCUAAUUAGCCUGUUAUUUCUACAAUAUUAUAGGAGAAUAUAUUAGAAAUAUAUUUUGAAAAGGAUGAAUAUUUAAACAUGAAUCUAAGCAUGGUGUAAUUACAUUUUGCUGCCAAAUACACUUUUGUCACAUUUGGAAAUAAGUGGUCUAUGGUAUUUUCUUCAAUGCAAACCACAGCUUUCAUGCACGUUCGUGAAUGGCUAUCCACGUUACUGGAAAAACCAAUUUUAACUAAGAAGUUUCUGUGUUGAGUUCUCUUUCAGUUAAACAUGAUAGAGUUAUAUAUAUCUAAUUAAAUUUAGAGUUUAAUUUUGAUGCACUAUUAGUGUAAAAUUUCUUCAAACACAACAUUCAAUCAUUUAAUCAAAAACAGUUAAAUUAUUUUUUAUUUUAAUUAAAUGCUUAUUUUCUGAUAUGAUGUUCAAUUUUUGGAUGUCUGUGUAAAGAAAUUAUACACUAACAAUACAUACAAAUUAUAACCUUGCAGGAGUGUUUUUUUUAUUGACAUAGCACAAUAAUAUUGGUGGGAUAGGAAGUGAGACACCAUUUGGAGAAGGAGGAUCACAAUCAUGUUCUGACAUGUUCGCUUCCAUUAAUAAGCAUCACCUAACUUUAAGUAAGAUACAAGUCAAUAUUUAAAUGGAAGGAGCAUGUAGUACCAAAUUAAGACAAGAGGGAGUGAACAUUGUGAUUAGUGUGAAUCCAAGUGAAUCCACGCCAUAUAUGAUCAAAUGCUCAAAAGGAGCUUAACUUCUUUCACUCGCUCACACACACUACAUCAGGGUUAUAAACUAUUAUUGUACCCGAAUGUUAACUCAAGUGGUAAGAGUUAGGAGACAUAAGGGUUGAGUGAGAUGAAAGGUGUAGGGUCCAGGGUUUGAAUCCUGAUGAGAGACUAAUUUACUAACAUUACUAACAACUAACAUUUUCCAAUAAAAAAACUUUUAAAAUUAUUAUAUAUUUAAUUAUAUCCAUAAUUAAAAAUUAGCCGUCUUUUUAUAAAUUUAGUGCUAAUAUAUUCAGUUUUGAUUUAUUCACACCAAAUUUUCUCUUCAACAAUCUUCUUCAUUUGAUUGAUGCCUAGAGGAGAUGAUUUUUACUGUUGCUGAGCAUUUAUUUGAGUACUGGUGCUGCUGUUCUAGAGGGCUGGCUCAUACAAACUAAAAUGUGUUGUUGCUGUUGGGUGCUUCUAUGAGGAUGCUGUUAUGGAAAUUGUUGUUGAUUUUAUGUUUGUGGCUUUGCUGAUGUGCUUUUUAUUGCUGCUGAAUAUCAUUUAAGGUGCUGGUGCUGUUGGUUCACACAAAACAAAUUGGUGUUGCUGCAAAUUGCAAUUAUAAGUUGCGGGUGUGCAAAAUGGUGGAGGAUCUUAUUCUUGUAUUUGUUAGCAACAAGUGUUAUAGGAUAUGUGCAUACUACCUUGAUGUUGGUCAUUUGUAUGUAAUUUUGGGACCAUGAUAGCUGCUACUAGAUUAUAAAUUUGUAUUCAGAUGCAGAAUGGCUUUCCCAGGAUUGUGUACUUUUUUUCCUUGCUAGGUUUUUUUCCCAUUGGGUUUUGCCUAGCAAGGUUUUACUGAGGCUCUUUCUUGGGAACUAUCCAUAGUCAUUUUGUGGGUUGGUGGUGGGUUUAUUUUCUUUAGGGCAGAGUGAAGCUUGGUCGCCUUGUUUCAGGUUCAGCUCGUAUUGUACA